UCUCCUUCCGUUCAGAUCCGAAGUUCACUCUCCUUUUAUGGUCUCCAUUCCCCGGACGUCGGCAUUGAGCCUUCUUUAGUUUCCUUCCUUCACUGCUCAUACCUUCUGAGGUUGCGGAAUUAUGCGUUCCAUUAGAGGGAAAUUGGAAUCUUCUGAUUGACGUUUGCUGCUUCAAUCUCCUGUCUCCUCUGCUGCAUAGAGCGAAUUUGCUGUAAAAGAGGAGCUUUCUGGUAGAGUCAGUUACCUGAUCAUGGCGAAGAUCCUUCUCCAUGGGACGCUCCACGCGACGAUCUACGAGGCCGAUUCACUCUCGCCGCAUGGGGGCGGUGCCGGAGGCCCGAGGCUUCUUCGAAAGCUUGUGGAAGGAAUCGGAGAGACUGUUGGAUUGGGCAAAGGAGGUUGUGACAUCUAUGCAACUAUAGGUUUGGAGAAAGCCACGGUUGGCAGAACCAGAAUUUUACAGAACGAACCUGUUAAUCCUCGCUGGUAUGAAACCUUUCACAUCUAUUGUGCACAUAUGGCUGCUGAUGUGAUCUUCAGUGUAAAGGAGAGAAAUGCUAUUGGAGCUUCACUAAUAGGAAAGGCCUAUUUACCAGUACAAGAGAUCCUAAGUGGCCAAGAAAUAGAAAGGCGGCUUGAUUUAUGCAACGAACAACGCGACCCCGUUGGAGGAGGAGCUAGGAUCCGUGUUAAGGUCCAAUUCUUUGAUAUCUCUGCUGACCGGCAUUGGUCAAGAGGGAUAAGGAGCCCAAAUUUUCCCGGUGUGCCUUACACCUUCUUUUCUCAGAGAAAAGGAUGCAAAAUUUCUCUUUAUCAAGACGCCCAUGUGCCUGAUAGUUUCAUCCCUAAAAUAUCUCUUGCUAAUGGGAGAUUUUAUGAACCUCACAGAUGUUGGGAGGAUAUCUUUGACGCAAUUAGCAAUGCAAAGCAUUUGAUAUACAUUACUGGGUGGUCUGUUUACACUGAGAUAACAUUGAUAAGAGAUUCAAAGAGACAGAAGCCUGGAGGAGACGUUACCCUUGGUCAGCUUCUCAAGAGGAAAGCCGAUGAGGGUGUGAGAGUUAUGCUGCUGGUUUGGGAUGACCGAACCUCUGUUGGCCUGCUCAAGAAGGACGGGCUCAUGGCUACGCAUGAUGAGGAGACAAUGAACUAUUUUAAGGAUUCAGAUGUUCACUGUGUCUUGUGCCCCAGAAACCCGGACAAUGGUGGAAGCAUCGUUCAGGAUCUACAGAUCUCUACCAUGUUCACACACCAUCAAAAAAUUGUGGUCGUGGACCACGCAAUGCCCAAUCGACGAAGCCAGCGAAGAAGAAUUGUAAGUUUUGUUGGUGGCAUUGAUCUCUGUGAUGGUCGAUACGACACUCAGUAUCACAGUCUAUUUAGAACUUUGGAUACUGCCCAUCACGAUGACUUCCAUCAGCCAAAUUUUGCUGGUGGAUCGAUCAAGAAGGGUGGCCCCAGAGAGCCAUGGCAUGACAUACAUUGCCGCCUUGAAGGGCCAAUUGCAUGGGAUGUCCUCUUCAACUUUGAGCAAAGGUGGAGGAAGCAAGGUGGAAAGGAUUUGCUUGUUGAACUAAGAGACAUGAGCGGUACCAUCAUCCCACCAUCUCCAGUUACUUUCCCUGAAGACAGAGAAACUUGGAAUGUUCAGUUAUUCAGGUCAAUUGAUGGAGGUGCUGCUUUUGGAUUUCCAGAAACUCCUGAGGAUGCUGCUAAAGCUGGUCUGGUUAGUGGGAAGGAUAACAUAAUUGACCGAAGCAUCCAAGAUGCUUAUGUCAAUGCUAUUCGUAGAGCCAAAAGUUUUAUCUAUAUUGAAAACCAGUACUUCCUUGGGAGCUCAUUUGAUUGGAAGAAAGAUGAUAUUAAAGUUGGAGACAUUGAUGCGCUACACCUCAUACCUAAGGAACUUUCCUUGAAGAUUGUGAGUAAAAUAGAAGCUGGAGAACGGUUUGCAGUCUAUGUAGUGUUGCCAAUGUGGCCAGAAGGAGUGCCUGAAAGUGCAUCUGUUCAAGCAAUUCUUGACUGGCAGAGGAGGACGAUGGAGAUGAUGUAUACGGAUAUUUCUCAGGCUCUACAUGCUAAGCGUAUUGAAGCAGAUCCCAGGGAUUAUUUGACUUUUUUCUGCCUCGGCAAUCGAGAGACAAAGAAGAGUGGUGAAUAUGCACCAGAAGAAUCACCGGAGCCAGACACCGAUUACAUUAGAGCUCAGAAAGCAAGAAGAUUCAUGAUAUAUGUUCAUUCCAAGAUGAUGAUCGUUGAUGAUGAGUACAUAAUCAUUGGAUCAGCCAACAUAAACCAGAGGUCCAUGGAUGGAGCUAGAGACUCUGAGAUAGCCAUGGGCGCUUACCAGCCAUACCAUCUGGCAACUCGGGGACCAUCCAGGGGACAAAUUCACGGCUUCCGGAUGGCAUUAUGGUAUGAGCACCUCGGUAUGCUUGAUGAUCUGUUUUUGCGUCCAGAGAAUGUGGAAUGCAUUCGCAAGGUUAACAGAAUUGCAGACAAGUACUGGGAUCUGUACUCCAGCGACAUGCUCGACCGCGACCUUCCUGGCCACUUGCUCAGGUAUCCUGUUGGAGUUACCAACAAUGGCGAUGUCACUCAGCUGCCAGGCAUGGAGUUCUUCCCAGAUACUAAAGCUUGUGUUCUGGGUGCCAAGUCUGACUACUUGCCACCGAUUCUGACAACAUAGAGAGGAUAGAUUUAAGUAGUCCCUUACCGUGUCAUUUGGUUCUUUUGUUUCUGCCACUGUAGGGCUAAAACUUAAGAAAAAGAUCAAAAAGUUGUCUAAGAAUGCUAAAUUCUUAUUUCGCAACUACAAGGAGAAUGUCAAAAUCUACGGUAGGAGGGCACGAUUUACAUGCAUUUCUGUGGUGGUGAUAAUUUUCUAGUAUUGUUCAUCAACUAGUGU